UUGAUGUUUGGUAUGCGAUGACAGUUCCUCCUCAGCUACUCUCAAUUAUGACGGCAUGAAGAAGAUUGACUCAGUGACACUAUCUGAGUUGAAUUUUCAUGACCUUAGUUCACCACCCAAGACUGUCGAGUUCCUAUGUACUAGGGAUGUUGGCAGUAUUGAAACAGCAAAUGGAUGGUGCUGUGUCUCCUGCUCCAAGUUCUCAUCCUGCACGUGUGCGCCCUGCCAUGAUGAAAAUGCGGUUGGAGUUGCAAGGUACCGGAUAGAGAUGUUAGUUACUGAUGUAUCUGACACUGCCAUGUUCGUAGCUUUUGAUGGUGAGAUGAAAAAGUUGACCAGUGGUCCUGCUGUAGCAGCAUCCAUGAUAACAUAGCUGAAACCUGAACAAGUUGACCAGUGGUCUUGCUGCAGCAGUUUCAGCGUCCAUGCAGGUGGACAGAUUGGUGUUCCUGUUAAUAGCCCAGAAGUGCGUAACAAUGGCAUUGUUGUAGGCCAUCGUGGAGAGGUUCCACAACUGAGUGAUCUCCCGGUUGUGACUGACCCAACUUCUGAGGAGUCUCAAGCUGAUGAAGAUGGACGUUGGGCAUGCAUUGUUAAACUUGCGAGCUGACGUGUACAUGUCAUUGUUGUCUACUUCAGACGUAUCUCUACUAUCAAGUUUUUCUUAAAUUUCAUUUUCGACAUUAAUAAGUCAUACUUGAAUGCAUUGUCCUGUUUUAAAAGAUGAAUUUGUUUGUUUAAAAUUUACUUACCCAACAAGUAGUCUAUGCAUAUUUACUUUUAAAAUGUUUCUGAAUGGAAUAAAAUUAGUGCUUAUCAUA